AUGCACAGGAUAUACCGUUGAACGGUUGAAGUAUCCCUUGGAAGUAUCGUAUCUCUCUCUCUCUCUCCUAACUGCUCAGAACAAACCCAGUUGACCGUCCCUCUCCUGAGAAACAAAGAACCCUUAGAACCAUGUCUUCAACACUGCGCAUUCAAAUCAAAACCCUAACCCACUGAUUAAAACCACUUUCAAUUUUCCAAUUUGACAAUGUCCCGCCUUUAUUCCCACUUCAUCUCUCUCAAAUCCCCAAAUUACCCCCUCUCAUUACCCCCAAAACACUUCUCAAACCCUCUGCAUUUCUGUGCCCUAAAACCCAAAUCACCGAACCCUAGAAAUUCCCUUUCUUGGAGUAAUACCAGUAAUACCCUCCAUUGGCCUGUCAGAGCUUUCCAAUCGGAUAUAACAGUACAGAAAUCAGACGGUGCUGAUAAUGUUAUAAAUCUCGAUUCUUUUCUCUCAAUUGUUGAGAUUCUAUGCCUGGCUUCGUCGGCCGUGAUUUCGGUUGGGUAUGUUGUGGUUUCGAGCUCGAAAAAACUGAUUUUCGAGUGGUUAGGGAAUAGGGUUUUAGUGUGGCAAUUUGUGCUGUUGGCGGGUGCGGUGGCGAUUGGCGCGUCGAUACGGAGGCGGCAGUGGAGGAGGGUGUGCGCGGGCGUGGCGAAGGUGGAGGGGGGUUCUGGUGUGGAUUUUGUUGGGAGGAUUGAGAAAUUGGAGGAGGAUCUUAGGAGUUCUGCUACUAUCAUUAGGGUUUUGUCGAGGCAGCUUGAGAAGUUGGGGAUUCGAUUUAGGGUUACAAGGAGGGCUUUGAAAGACCCUAUUGCUGAGGCUGCAGCUUUGGCUCAAAAGAAUUCAGAGGCCACUCGAGCAUUAGCGGUGCAAGAAGACAUUCUGGAAAAGGAGCUUUCUGAAAUUCAAACGGUGCUGCUUGCAAUGCAGGAGCAGCAGCAAAAGCAGCUUGAUCUGAUUCUUGCAAUUGCGAAGAGUGGAAAUCUAUUUGACAAAAAGCAGGUACCUGUUCAAAAGACGGAAGCAGUUGAAAAACGUCAUUCAGCUGAGAAGGUGGUGAAACAGACGGGAACCCCCCAAAUCCAAGCUUUGGCUUCACAAAAAGAAACCAACAAAGAAGCAGCAUAGCCAGAUCAAAAAAUAAGGAAAAAGCAUCAGCAUAUGAUUUUGUUGUAGGGAAUCCAAAUGCUGUUUAAUCAUCUUCUUAGCUGCUGAAGGAAGAAUAGUUGAUCUUGUUUCAUCUGAGGCGUUUGCAUCUCAGCCAUAUUGUUGGAAUCAUCACCCCAGACGGAUCAAUACUUCUUUUGAGUCUCUGAAGUUUUCCUUAUUAUUGGGGCGAGUGUAAGACAGCGAAACGAAAAGAAAGGGAAGAGAGAAUUUCAAAAGCUUUUUGUUGUCUCUGGCUAUUGCUGAGAAUUGUACCAAUAAGAAUGCCAUUGUUGUUUGUAAUUGUCGGUUUGUGGUACUUCUACAUUAGUUGUACUGCAGAGGAUUUGGCAGUGGUGAAUUUGAUGCAAUGAGAGUGUGAGUUUGUGCAGCA